AUGACCGUGAACAAGAUGGAUAGGAUCUCAGACCCGGGGCAUCCUAAAUUAGACUGGCAGGAGGGUCGGGGAAGUGGCACAGCCAGGAAAACACUGCACUUUGAGAUUUCCAAAGAAGGCAGUGACCUGUCGGUGGUGGAACGCGCAGAAGUCUGGCUCUUCCUCAAAGUCCCCAAGGCCAACAGGACCAGGACCAAAGUCACCAUCCAGCUCUUGCAGAAACAACCCCAGGGCGGCGUGGACGCAGGGGAGGAGGCAGAGGAAAUGGGCUUGAUGGAGGAGAGAAACGAGGUGUUGAUAUCGGAAAAGGUGGUGGAUGCCCGGAAGAGCACGUGGCACAUCUUCCCCGUCUCCAGCAGCAUCCAGCGGUUGCUGGACCAGGGCAAGAGCUCCCUGGACGUUCGGAUUGCCUGUGAGCAGUGCCACGAGACGGGCGCCAGCCUGGUGCUCCUGGGCAAGAAGAAGAAGAAGGAGGAGGAGGGCGAAGGGAAGAAGAAGGACGGAGGAGACGGAGGGGCAGGGGCAGACGAGGACAAGGAGCAGUCCCACAGACCUUUCCUCAUGCUGCAGGCCCGCCAGUCUGAAGACCACCCUCAUCGGCGGCGGAGGCGGGGCUUGGAGUGUGACGGCAAGGUCAACAUCUGCUGUAAGAAACAGUUCUUUGUUAGUUUCAAGGACAUUGGCUGGAAUGACUGGAUCAUCGCUCCCUCCGGCUAUCACGCCAACUACUGCGAGGGUGAGUGCCCGAGCCACAUAGCAGGCACAUCUGGGUCCUCGCUCUCCUUUCACUCGACCGUCAUCAACCACUACCGCAUGCGGGGCCACAGCCCCUUCGCCAACCUCAAGUCGUGCUGUGUGCCCACCAAGCUGAGACCCAUGUCCAUGCUGUACUAUGAUGAUGGGCAGAACAUCAUCAAAAAGGACAUUCAGAACAUGAUAGUGGAGGAGUGUGGGUGCUCAUAG